GGAUUAGGAUUGGAAUAUUUAUUUCGUUUAGAAAUAACUACCUAAGUAGGUAGAUAUGAAAACAACUUUUCAAAUUAACAAGAACCCCUUCAAUGCAGCAUUAGAACGUCUCAUACCUACUACCUACAUACUUACUCUUUGAAUAUUUCGAAGUAGCCUAAGUGGAAAUGAGUUCAGCAAGUCGUCAACAGCCUCGUCGUGCUGUUCGAGAUAACAAAGAUGAAUCGCCCACUCCGCCAACACACCUAAUCAAGAAGCGCAAGUCCAGAGAUAGUGUUAGGAAGCUGUCAGCGGGUAAACAAGGCGUGAAGCAAGGGAAAAAAGGAGGGAGAUUUCCACCCGGCGCGCGAGCGAGGGCGACGAAAGCCCUAGAGAGAAGGGUUACUGCAAUGGAGUCCGAGGUAGCCUUGCUAGAGCAGCGCGAACUUCUCGGUAUUGCUGGGGAGUCAGAAGAUGUCGCCCCCGAUAACCGAAAUGUAGCGCCACCGAAGUCUACCAAGCGCAAGCGAGCUCACAAGAGGAAGCAAUCGGUAGAUAUGUACAUGGAUUACUUCCUGAAAUCGGACGAAGAUGGAGAGGAGGAUACGAAAGGAGGAAAGGGGACUGAACAGCUUCGGAGAGGCGACCGUUGGAUCCCGGAUAUCGAGCACCGGGGUCGUCCGUCCCGCAAGCCAGAGGCUGUACCCUAUCAAAUCUGGAUGGCGUAUUCUCUCAUGGAUGACUACAUCUACCGACACUCGAUAACAAGGGAAGAGGUCCUAACUCACCCUCUUAUGGAUGACGUGUAUUCAUUCCAAAACGGGGGACCGCAGCCAGUGACGCCGGCCGGCUUUCGGUGGGACGAAUGGAAGAAUUUGGUACCAGUCCAGGUUAAGGGGGUAGAAGGUUGAGAACCAAAAGGGUUACAUGUUAGAAAUAAUAUGUCAAAAAAUUUCGGGUUGGUAAUUAGGUAGAUAAGAAAACCAUUCAAAUCAGGAUUGACCCAUUUCGAUACUAUUCGUGAGUCCUCUCGCAGAGAGCGGCUUUCGUCGUAACGUUCGCUGUCCUGCCCGAUCG